AUGUCUGCUUCACCAACCAUUGCGACCUCCACCAAGCGGCCCCUCGAGGAACCCUCGUCGCCCUCCGGCCCCAAUGACCAGCCCGACGCCAAGCGCCCUGCGCUGGACAAGGUCGUCAACGAGCCUGCUGCCGAGGACAUCAACACGGCACAGCCAGUGAAGGCUGAGGACAUUGCGCCCGAGAACAUAAAGGCCGACGGCGAUGCUAGCGCCGAGGUAAAUGCCGAAGGAGCCUUGCCCAACGAGAAUGGUGCUAAGGAAGACGCCCAGACGGACACUGUGCUCCCAGAUGCACCCGCCGUCGUUCCCUCGCUUGACACCCAGCCCAUCCAGUCCACAUCCGGUGCCAAUGGCCGUCCCGCUAGCAACACCCAGCACCAAGACGAGACCAACUGGCUGCACCUGCGCGCUUGCAUUGGCACCAGCGAGGCUGCCACCAUCAUCGGAAAGGGUGGCGAAAAUGUUACCCAGAUCCGACGUCUCUCCGGCGCCAAGUGCACCGUCAGCGACUACUCGCGGGGUGCUGUAGAGCGCAUCCUGACGGUUAGUGGCCAGGUGGAUGCUGUAUCAAAGGCUUUUGGCCUCAUUGUGCGUACCCUCAACCAAGAGGAUCUUGAGACUGCUUCCACUGGCACUUCAAAGAGCUACCCCAUGCGUUUGCUGAUUCCUCACAUCCUCAUCGGCUCCAUCAUCGGCAAGGGUGGGGUCCGCAUACGCGAGAUUCAGGAAGCGUCCAAUGCCAAGCUAAACGCUUCAGAUACCAUGCUGCCCAACUCCGGCGAACGCUCUCUUGUCGUGCUGGGUGUCGCGGAUGCUGUGCACAUUGCAGUCUACUAUGUUGCACAAACUCUUGUAGAGCAGCUGACGGAGCGUUUCGGUGGCCCAGCAGCCUCCCAAUAUGCCACUCGCAGUGGUACUGCAGCGAACGUUGUUCCUGGCGGCAUGUCCGUUCAGCCCUACGUUCCUCAGCCUGCCGGUGGUCAGUACAACUACCCUGACAACUACCGUCGGCAGCAGGCCCAUCCUGCCCAGCGCACUCCAGUACAUGGUCAGCACCCAGGUCAGUAUGGUAUGCAUACACAGGCUCCGCAGCAAGCAUACGGCCAACCAGCCAUGCCGUAUGGCGCUGGAUCGCCCGCGCGUGCUCAUUACGGCGCUCCUACGCCGCAGCCUGGUCCCUAUGGCGGACAUCCUGCUGCCCCAGUUGCACAUGGCCACGGUGCAGUGCCCGCCCAAACCCCCGUUCAGGUACCUGGUCAGCCACUCACACAACAGAUUUAUAUUCCCAACGACAUGGUUGGAGCCAUCAUUGGUAAGGGUGGUGCUAAGAUCAACGAAAUUAGACAAUUGAGCGGUAGCGUCAUCAAGAUCAACGAACCGACCGACAACAGCAACGAGCGCCUUGUCACGAUCACCGGGACCCAGGAAUGCAACCAAAUGGCAUUAUAUAUGCUCUAUUCGCGCCUUGGUGAGGUCCCCGGACAGCCCGGCUACGGUCGUUGA